AUGUCAAGACCGACGAUGUCCACAAAUGCCGCGGAACAGUCAUGCGCGCCACUGUCAUCAAGGUACUCUCCGACCGUAUCACCACUACCGCCCGCCGAGCUUUCUUUCUCAUCACCAAACUUGCACCUCCAAGGAUCAAUAUGUUCGCGCACCGCCAACACGCACAUGUGCACACACCUUUCGAAAUUGAAUCCUACCGACACCAGCCACCUUGGUAGUCUUCGCCCGUUGAGAUCUGUCGAGGAGAUGGCUCACCCUCAUAAGCGUUUGCGAACCGGCAUAGACCAAUCUACACCAGUACUUCAAUUUACCGAUCCGCGUUCGCCGGCACGGCCAUCAGCGGCUGGAAUCGUCUCAGAUAGUCAACCAAGCGAUUCACAUGCAGAAGAGCGUCGGAAGAGGACUGAACCCGUUCCUGUAACACAGCCCAUCGCAGGGUCUCAGCUGAAGCGUAGCAAUGGGUUUCGCAAGCCUUCGCCUCAAUUAAGGAUCGCGAAUCCUGAUCCAGAGACGCCUCCUGAAACGCCUGUCCUGGCACCGCGGCGGCCUUUCUCGUUCGUCCCCAGUAUAAGUAUCGGGCCUCCAUCGCCGCCGCCAUCACCAACAAAGCCAUCAUUUGCAAGGCAGCGGCUGUCCCUGAAUUCGAGCCCGAAGCUGCUUAUCCCAAAUAUCAGGACGAGCCCACGGCAUUCUCUGGAGCGCCAGUCUACAAUCGAGUUCCUGCGUCGCGACCCCGGCCCUAGCAUGAUCUACGGUAUCGAUAAGCUAGAGCACACGGAGAGAUACAAAGCCCUGAUCAACAUCGCACUUGACGGCCGGAUCGAGUAUGACGUCUUUGAGGAAGAAGUUGAUGCUCUUAUAUAUAAGGACAUUCCGAAAACCGAUGGCGGGUUUGCGGCACAGACAACAAGUCCAGAAGAGCGGAGUAGACUCGAUCGCUAUUCGGAUACAGACCGCGUCCGCUUCCAAGCUGGGUGGCAGGAGUGGAAGCGACAGAAACAGAUCUUGGCGGAUCGGCAGGCCUUGGACCUGGAGCGGUACGGGAGUGAGCGGGAGCGAGAGCUCAUCCAGAAAGGGGAAAAGGAGGCCAAGAAAGCUGAGACUCGGACCAACAACACCAUUGCGCUGAAUCGAUGUCGUAAAUGGAUAGGUCUCAAGCCGAGAGACUAUAAGGGCAAGGCGCCUGUGCGCGAUUCGUCUCCUCCGUCGACUCUGGAACCACCAGUGGACGACUCAAUAUCUGAGGCGCCCAUCACGGACAGCACUGCGACGCCGGAAGACAACAACGCCGCAACACCAGGAGAGAAUGUCCCCACAAAGCCAGACGAGAACGAGACGGCGACGCUAGAAGAGAGUAAAAGCGCGAUCAUACCAGAUGAAGUCUUGCGACUGGCAAUGGUGAAUACCGCUUGCCCGGACCUUGUGGUGGUGAAGGGGCACAGGUCUUCAUCAGCGACAUUUGAUAUUGCAAGCGAUGUUGACGAGCGACACUCAUCAGCCGCGGCGAGGAGGGAAGUAUCUGCUCCUGCUGAGUUGGCAAUUCGGAAUUCUGGACAUAUUUUUACUGGGUGCCAAAACCUCCAGCCAACCUCGGAUGCCGAACACACCGUCUUCAGCGAUGGCAGCGCUGUACCUACCUCAGCUACACCGCAUUGCCGUCCUCGCAUUGGUGCGCAUGGUCUCGCAGAGGGCGGGAGCGGAGGAUCCGGAAACGAGGGCACGUGGGUGAACGUGGGCGAAGUCGACGCUGUGUCAGUGUUCGCGUCGUCUGAGGAGGAGGAGGCAGCAGGUGAUCAGAACCGGCCCUCGCUCACGCAGGCCAAGAAACGCCCGAGUUGGAUUAGGAGGAAGUGGCAGGCUUACCGUGAUCGAAGGGAGAAGAGAAGAUCGAGUUGA